AUGGCGAGUGCCCCUCCUGCAGGCAUCGACCUGGAGGCGAGCCAGCAGACCGCCAUCAGUGUGGUUGCAAUCGUAUGCACCUGUGUCGCUACCGCUGCCUAUGGUGUGCGGCUAUGGGCGAGAAACUUCCAAGGCUUUGGCAUGAUGGCCGACGACUGGCUGAUGCUCGUCGCUCUCAUCUUCACUUUCGGCACUCUUGCCAUCACCAUCUUGGGCGCCAGGGCGGGCGCCGGGAAGCACGUCUGGGCUCUUGAUCCUCAAGAUGUCGCAAACGUCUUUGAGUUGCUAUACUCGUAUACGUACAUCUACGCCGGCAGCGUCUCCUUCACGAAGUUGUCCGUCCUGCUAUUCUAUCGCCGGCUGUUCGAGAGAGGCACGAAAUGGUUCCACUACCGCCUCGCGUUCGCGGCUUUCCUGUGUGUCGGCUACCCCAUCACCAUCUGGGGCGUCGCGGCCGGCAUGUGUCGGCCGGCGUCCUUCUUCUGGACUCAGUUUAUCGGCGGGGAGGGCAAGUGUGUCGAUGUCAACGCCGCGUUCCUGAGCUUGACCGUCAUCAACAUGGUCAACGAUAUCAUUGUGCUGCUGGUGCCGAUCCCCGAGAUCUUGCAGUUGCAGAUGUCGACGCAGAAGAAGCUCGCCGUAUGCGGUGUCAUGUUAUUGGGAGGCUUUGUGUGCGUGGCCAGUGUUGUUCGAAUAUGGGCCUUCGCCGACUUCGCCUCGACUCCCGACGUCACCUGGAUCGCCGCGCAAGUGUUCCUCUGGUCGUCCGUCGAGCCCGCGUUCGGCAUCGUGUCGGCGUGCCUACCGAGCUUCCGUCCGCUAUUCCGUCGCGCGAGGACCAAGAUGUCAUCGGGCGGCACGCGGGACGGACAGAGCGGUAAUAGAUGGGCCGGCAGUUCGUCCAAGCCGAGCCGGGUCGGAAACAGCUAUAUCCGCUUCGGAACCGACAACGAGUCGGGCGAGGACGAAGUGGCCCUGACAAGCAUCAGCCGGGGGCCCGACGCGCCCAAGUCGCACCCACACAACACCAUCAUGGUUCGAUCCGAGAUUCACCAAUUCAACCAGGCCAGGUGA